AUGUCGGUCCCCGAAGGCGUUCUCCUCGGCAUGGGCAACCCGCUGUUGGACAUCCAGACAACCGUGGACAAGGCCUUCCUCGAUAAAUGGGGGCUGAAGGAGAACGACGCCAUCCUGUGCGACGAGAAGCACGUGCCAAUGUUUGACGAGCUGACCGCCUCCCACCACGUCGAGUACAUCCCGGGAGGAGCCGCCCAGAACGCCGUCCGUGUUGCUCAGUGGAUCCUGAACGAGCCGAACCGGAUGACGUAUUUCGGGGCCGUCGGCGCCGACAAGUACGGCGAGAUGCUGCGGAAGAAGGCGACGGAGGCUGGCGUGAACGUGCAGUACCAGGUCAACGAGACGGUCAAGACUGGCACUUGCGCCGCCCUUAUCAAUGGCAACAAUAGGUCCCUGUGCGCUCACUUGGCCGCCGCCGAGACGUUCACCGUCGGCCAUCUCGAGGACCCGAAGCACUGGAAAUUCGUCGAAACCGCCAAGUAUUUCUACGUCGGCGGCUUCUUCCUCACCGUCUGCCCGCCGGCCAUCCUCGAGAUUGCCAAGCACGCAGCUGAGCACGACAAGAUUUUCAUGCUCAACCUGUCGGCUCCCUUCAUCUCUCAAUUCUUCUACGAGCCGCUCUCCAAGACCCUCCCGUAUGUCGACUACCUGUUCGGCAAUGAGGACGAGGCCCGUGCUUUCUCAAAGUCCGCCGGCUUCAACACCGAGGACAUUCGCGAGAUCGCCGAGAAGGCCAGCCAUCUGCCAAAGGAAAACAAGAACCGCUCGCGCAUCGUGGUCAUCACCCAGGGCUCCGAACCGACGAUUGUCGCGCAGGACGGCAAGAUUCAGGAAUUCCCCGUCAUCGUGCUGCCCAAGGAGAAGCUGAUCGACACCAACGGCGCCGGAGACGCCUUUGUUGGAGGGUUCCUUGCCGAGCUCGUGCGCGCCAAGCCGCUCGCCGACUGCAUCGCAUGCGCCAACUACGCCGCCUCGGAGAUUAUCCAGCAGCAGGGGUGCACGUUCCCCGCCGUCUGCAAGUACCAC